AUGGAUUGGCGGACACAUCGGCUCUUCGCACCACUCGUGAAGAUGAAUGAGUUGAGAGUUCCCUUCAUUAGAGACACAUACAGUCCGUCACCGGUUAACACAUCCAAACCGUUGUCAGGAAUAAGAUUACUAGAGAUCGGAUGCGGCGCCGGUCUUCUGUCCGAACCGUUGGCCAGACUCGGCGCUCACGUCACCGGAAUUGAUCCCACGGGCGAUAACAUCGAAAUGGCCGCCAAUCACGCGAUGGCCGACAAAACACUCGCCGAUAAUCUGCGAUACGAAUGCGUUUCCGUCGAAGACUUUGCCAAAAGAGAGCAAUCGAUUGAGUCUUUCGAUGGUGUGAUCGCCAGCGAAGUGAUUGAACACAUCGAUGACAUCGAUCUGUUCCUCACUUCUGGCAUAUCAUGUCUAAAACGGGGCGGAAAUCUGUUUAUAACGACUAUAAACCAGACGCCCGUCGCGUUGUUUGCGGCCGUCUUUGUGGCCGAAUAUGUGCUCCGAUUAGUGCCGAAAGGUGUCCAUCAAUACAACCGCUUCGUGAGUCCGGACGCCCUCUCACUCGUCCUCGAAAACCGUAAGUCUUAA